AUGGCAAUAACCAUAUGCUCAGGAAAAGUGUUGGAUGAUCCAGGAGUUAAAAUAAAGCCAGUACUUGAGAAGAAAAAUAAGGUUAAAGUGGGUGAUAGAAGUGAAAAUUUUGAGGAUGAGCAUGAUGGCUUGGGCAAAGAGGGUGAAGAUGAUCAACAUAUAAAAUUGCUUGAAGUUAAAGCUGAUGUGCCACCUAUCCUCUUCUCACAAAGGUUUAAGAAGAAGGCAAUUGAUGAGAUGAAAUUGAAGUUUGCCAACCUAGUACCUACUCAAGUGAUUCUGCAAUUGGCUGAUCAUUCAGUGCAUUAUCCAAUGGGUAUUGUAGAAGAUCUAUUGGUUAAAGUUGGUCAACUUUAUUUUCCUAUUGACUUUAUUGUUCUUGAUAUAGAAGAAGAUAUUUCUAUACCUAUUAUCCUUGCUAGAAGAGCCUCGAACAAAAUUGAUAACAGAACAAUUCAGUUCUCUUUUUCGUUCAUGGUAUCAAAGCUUUUGCUCUUGGGACCUCUUCUUGUCAACCUUCAUUACUGA